UCCGUUGUAAGAAGGUGCUGCCAAGCCGCGAGGGCCCACCACCACCUGCUGGUGUAAAAGAAAGCUUUGCUCUGGUGCUGUUGCUAAGGGAUCUGGGAUUGAUCCUCGUCUGGAAUCGGGAGCCUUCCUGUGCUGCGAGCCUUCACCAUCCUGCAGGGAAGGCUCAAAGGACCAAGAUGUUUUGGGGGAACAGGGUUCCCUCCGUGCGUUGGCACCAUAACCCACCCCUCACUUCUUCCUCCUAAAUAGAAUCACUCCCAUCUAUUCCUAAGCAGCAUCUCUUAGGUGAUUUGAGACUUUUUUAGAUAGAAAUCACAAAAAAAUAACAUUUAAUUUAGAAAGGACUUAGGGAUGAGCCAAUCCAAUGAUUUUUCAAACUCUGCUCCAUGGAGCCGUGACAUUUUGUGAGGUUCUGCUUUUAUCAUUUGCCCCUGGGCUAUUUUUUUCCUUCCAUGUAAGAUUCCGUUUUAAAAAUGUUUCCAGUGUUUUGUUGUUGUUGUUGUUGUUUUUAAGUUUGAGAGGCCCUAGUCCAUCCUUUUCUUCAGGGUAAGGAGGCUGGAAUCCAAAGGGGUUCCUUUGUGUUAUUACUUUGUAGUAGUGUUGGAAGUAGUCCUUAGGUUCACUCAGAAUUUGGAACAUUAUUCUCACCUUCCUGCAUAGUCAAGGCAGAGCCAUUCCUAGAGGGACUAAAGAUCGUGACACAUUGGAAGAAACAGAGGAUGAUGAUUCUGUGAAUGAUGAAUAUGUGGUUGGUACAUUUUGCAGUUACGACUUCAACAGAGAAGGACCCAAGAACAGCUGGCUAACCAAGGCAUAACACCACACUAAUCCCAGCCACAGCAAAGCCUUGCACUGAAAAGUCCAACUGAAUUCCAUGAGCAAAGAAAACAUUUGGAUAGUGACAAGGCUGAAGACGGUCUGAAGCACAAGGUCAGAAACAGGCCCGACCGCGCCGACGUGGUUAAUAUGCACAUACUCCAAGCCUCCACUGCAGAGAGGUCCAUCCCAACUGCUCAGAUGAAGCUGAAAAGAGCCCGACUCGCAGAUGAUCUUAAUGAAAAGAUCGCUCUCCGGCCAGGGCCCCUGGAGCUGGUGGAGAAGAAUAUACUCCCUGUGGAUUCUGCUGUGAAGGAGGCCAUAAAAGGUAACCAGGUGAGUUUCUCCAAAUCUGCAGAUGCAUUUGCCUUUGAAGAGGACAGCAGCAGUGAUGGGCUUUCUCCGGACCAGACUCGAAGCGAAGACCCCCAGGGCUCAGCGGGAUCCCCUGCAGAUGCUAAAGCUUCAGAGACCCCUUUGGCAGGUCCUCUGGGGGCAGUCCAGGAUCAUUCUUCUGGCUCAGAAAAUGACAGAAAAGACUCAGCCUCACAGCCCAGCAACCAGUCAGACACAGGGAAGCAGGGGCUCGGUCCUCUUGGCAACCCGAUCGCUGUACACACCGCCGUAAAGUCCAAAUCUUUGAGCGACAGUAAGAACCGCCACAAAAAGCCCAAGGACCCCAAGCCCAAGGUGAAGAAGCUCAAAUAUCACCAGUACAUCCCCCCGGACCAGAAGGCAGAGAAGUCCCCUCCGCCCAUGGACUCGGCCUAUGCCCGGCUGCUCCAGCAGCAGCAGCUCUUCCUGCAGCUCCAGAUCCUCAGCCAGCAGCAACAGCAGCACCGGCUCAGCUACCCCGGGAUUCACCAAGCUCAGCUCAAAGAGCCGAAUGAACAGAUGGUCAGAAAUCCAAACUCUGCUUCAACACCACUGAGCAAUACCCCUUUGUCUCCUGUCAAAAACAACUUUUCUGGACAAACUGGUGUCUCUUCUCUCAAACCAGGCCCACUGCCAUCAAACCUAGAUGACCUGAAGGUCUCUGAGUUAAGACAGCAGCUUCGAAUCCGGGGGCUGCCGGUGUCCGGCACCAAGACGGCCCUCAUGGACCGGCUGCGGCCUUUCCAGGACUGUUCUGGGAACCCCGUGGCCAACUUCGGUGACAUAACCACGGUCACUUUCCCCGUGACGCCCAGCAGCUCGCUGCCCGGCUACCAGUCCUCCCCGACCACCAGCGCCUUAUCCAACGGCUUCUACCACUUUGGCAGCACCAGCUCCAGCCCCCCGAUCUCGCCCGCCUCGUCCGACCUGUCGGGGGCCGGGUCCCUGCCCGACACCUUCAACGACGCGUCCCCGUCCCUCUGCCUGCACCCGUCCCCGGUCCACGCGUGCACCGAGGAAAGCCUCCUGAGCAGCCUGAACGGGGGCCCCCUCGCCCCCGAGCUGGACGGGCUGGACUCGGAGAAGGACAAGAUGCUCGUGGAGAAGCAGAAGGUGAUCAACGAGCUCACCUGGAAGCUGCAGCAGGAGCAGCGCCACGUGGAGGAGCUGAGGUUGCAGCUGCAGAAGCAGAAAAGGAGCCACUGCCCCGAGAAGCCGCCACCGCCGCCCUUCCUGGCCGUCCCCAUCAAGCAGGAGGACGCCGUCUCCAGCUGUCCCUUCGCGCCCCAGCAGAGAUCUGGGAAGAGACAAGGCCACGGCUCAGAGGGCCAAGCGCAGGCCUGCGAAGCGGCUGGGCGCCGGCCCCUGGGGCCUGCUCCCUGCGCCGAGGCCUCCUCGGGGCCCAGCGACGCGCUGCCUUCCACGUUUCUCAGCCCCCAGUGCUCCCCUCAGCACUCGCCCCUGGGGGCUGUCAAAAGCCCGCAGCACAUCAGUUUGCCCCCAUCACCCAACAACCAUUACUUCCUGCCCUCCUCUUCAGGCGCCCAAGGAGAAGGGCACAGGAUCUCCUCACCUGUCAGCGGCCAGGUGUGUACUGCACAGAACUCAGGGGCACAUGAGAGCCAUCCUGCAAGCUUCUCUCCCCAGCCUUCCAGCCUCCACCCGCCUUUCUCUGGAGCCCAGGCAGACAGCAGUCAUGGUGCUGGUGGCAGCUCUCGUCCCAAAAGCCCAGGUGUCCAGCCAAAGAUGGCUGGUUUACACUCUUCUUCCGAUAAGACAGGGCCAAAGUUUUCAAUUCCAUCCCCAACUUUUUCCAAGUCAACUUCAGCAGUUCCAGAGAUAACCCAGCCUCCAUCCUAUGAAGAUGCCGUAAAGCAGCAAAUGACUCGGAGUCAGCAGAUGGAUGAGCUCCUCGAUGUCCUCAUUGAAAGUGGAGAAAUGCCAGCCGACGCUAGAGAGGAUCAUUCGUGUCUUCAGAAAGUCCCCAAGAUAGCCGGGUCCUCCCGGAGCCCCACUGCUGCCCUCGCCAAGCCCUCGUCCUCGGGGGCCCAGCUCUCCUUCGACCCCUACGGCGCCGACAGCGACGAGCACCUUGAAGUCUUAUUAAAUUCCCAGAGCCCCUUAGGAAAGGUGAGCGAUGUCGCCCUUCUCAAAAUUGGGAGCGAGGAGCCUCCUUUCGAUGGGAUCGUGGAUGGAUUGUCCGGGAAGGCUGCAGAGGAGCUGUUCAGCGCACACGAGAUCUUGCCGGGCCCCCUGUCCCCAAUGCAGACUCAAUUCUCGCCCUCGUCUGUGGACAGCAGCGGGCUGCAGCUCAGCUUUACCGAAUCCCCGUGGGAGACCAUGGAGUGGCUGGACCUCACUCCGCCCAGCUCCACCCCGAGCUUUAGCUCCCUCGGCACGGGCGGCCCCAGCAUCUUUAACAUUGAUUUCCUGGAUGUCACGGAUCUCAACCUGAAUUCCCCCAUGGACCUGCACUUACAGCAAUGGUAGGGCGCCCGAGGCCGGGGCGCUGAGGAAGACCGCUGGGAGUCCCGCGGGGGACAGCACACAACCAAAGACACUCAUACCAUCCAAAAGCAGGAGGAGGAGAGGAAGAGGACAAGGGAAUUGCAAAGAAACCGUGGAGACUUCUGUGACCAUCAGCGAGAACAAAUAGGAGUCUUUAUAUAUAUAAUGUAAUAUUCACCAACAGUCAGUGACUGCUAAUGAUUUCAGCAAUGCAUUCCAGAAUGUGCUUUCUCAGAUCAAGAAUGCCCCCACCCCCACCCCACCCCCAAAAAGAAAUUCUUUCACUGCCUUUUCAAACACCAAUAUUCUCGUGGCCCAUAAUUUUUCGCGGGCAUGGUUCGGGCAAGAUCUCACAUGGUAAGCCUCUCUCGUGAAUUUAUGAGACAUACUAUGGAAAGAUGUCUAGGGGUUAUAGCAUGACCAUCACUGUUUCUGGAAGAUAUACUCGUGGUGGAGGCUGCUUCCUAUCACUUCCCUCCUUGUCUCUCAAAACAGAAGUCAGGCUCAACUUCAGUUAGGUUUUUGAGGUAAAGUAGAGAGACAGAACCAGUCCGUUCCCAGGGAAAGGAAGUCAACUCAGUGUCCCCUGGCCGCAAAGCUGCCCCCUUGGGGUGGUUCCAGGCCUUAACCCAGGACUCUGUGUGAUCCCAGAUAACAACUAACCUAUAUCUGGUCCAAAGAACCCUACCCAGAAUUUCCCUUCUUUGCCAGCCAGUAGCUAGAUCACUUCCAACUGUCUCUGUGGUGAUAAGUACCAUGAAACAGUCAAGAACCAAAACUCCAACAAAACUCAAAGCCUCCUGCCAUUGAAGGUUCCCCAACACAACCCCCUUUAGUUUCAAAGACUGGAAGUGACCCCAUAAGCAGAAGAGAAGACUAUCUCUAGCUUCAGGAAGCCAUACCAGGAAUCGUUCAGACAGGCCUAAAAAUCACUGUUUCAUGUGUCAUGAGAAUAAGUACCAUUGAUUAGUACAACAGGAUAACUAUUUAGGGAGAUCCAACUUUUUUUGGGGGGGGAGGGGGUUGGUGGUCUACUUCAGUUUAUCUUUCUCCCACUUUUCUUUCAAGAUACCAAUCUCUUCUUGCUCUUCUUUUGAAACUCUUUCUGCCCCAAUAUCAAGAGGGACUCCUCAGAUCUAACAAGCUGCCAUACCCCUAAUAAAGCCAUAUUUUAAAAGGCUAAAACACCAGGUUCUCCCAGAGAACUCAUUCUCCGUAUGCAUCAUUUGCUGGAAAAAAAAAAAAAGAAAGAAAGAAAGAAAAAGGCCGAAAGAAUGUCCUUGGGGGAAAAAAACUGGUGACGUGGCCCAUCAGUCUCAAAGCUCAUUCUGCUCCCAUUUUGAUUCAUAGCAAUCAUUGAUUUGGGUGGUUUUGGGGAAAUUGGAAACCAUUACAUUGUAAAGAUAGAUCUGAAUUAUAUUUACAAGGAGAGAGUGUUUCAGAUCUGAGUCAGUAAAAGAAAACACGGUUGCACAUGGAACACGAAGGAAAGAAGGAAGACGAUGGUCUUGUGUGCAUUCCUCAUUACCUCGUGCUUUUGCUGGGAGUUGAAAAACUCAAAUGGCAGGACGGUCUCUCUCAAGCUCACUGUGGCUCCAACUCACCGUCUCAUAGUGUUGCAUGCUGUAGAAAGUAGCUAUUGCUGGUUGGUUGGUUUGUUGUUGUUGUUGGUUUUUUUUAAUUUAAAUCACUAAGGCACUGUUUUCUUCUUUUGUAAAAAAAAUAAUAAUAAUAUUCACUGUGCACUUAUGGAGAAGAUAACCAAAAAUGUUGUGAUUUUAGAAGUUCUCUUUUUGAUAAACCAAAGAUUCAGAAGUCAUUCCGUUGUUAGCUUGUAAACAUGUGUGAACACAGAGUGUUUUGGGGGGGGACUGCUGCUCUGAAAGCUGCCCAGUCUUUUGUGGGGGCAGGUAUGCGUGUGUGUAUAGAGAUAUACAUAUGCAUAUGUAUGUGUGUAUAUAUGUGUGCAUAUAUAUGUGCAUAUGUGUAGGUCUGCACACGUGUGUAUAUUUGUACGUGUCUUGAAAUGCAGUGUUAUGGAGAGUUCUAUACCAAAAGCCCUCAAGCCCCAAUUUGCUGUGAAAUGAUACUCGGCCUUUCUCACUAUGAGUUCCUGAUUCAUCAACAGACUGCAUGUUGCCUCUCUGUGUAUGACUAACGACUCUAGCCUGAUGACUCACAGCCACUUGCUUCCCAUGAACACGCUCAUCUUGACAAGGGAUAUGGAUGUGGAAUGACUGAACAGCUUCACCAUGAGUUGCUGGGAAUGGUAAAUACAGUCUCUCGUAGAAAAGCAUCAAAGAGACACGAAACCCGGUUUUACACUCCUUGACCUGCGUUGUGCUUUCAGACAUUCACAUGGUACAUUUUUCAUUUUGCCUUUAUGUCAUUCAUCAGAACCAAAAAUCAAGAGGGAAGAAUUACCAGUCUUUUCCAUGGAGGUGAGGCUACGGGGAAGAAAAUCUUAUUAACGCUUUCCUCACAUUUGUCCCUCUGAUGUUGAAGCUUUACUUGGAUCUUGAUGAAGCUUGCUGGUCAGUACAUUUUUCAUGUGCCACAUUGUGCAAUUUUUAUGCUCUUCCCCCCGCCCCUCACCUUGCUGCCUUCGGAAAACAAACUUGUAGUGUCCCUACCUGAGGUAUUUCUAGCAGAAGGACUAGACUUGGUAGGGAGGAUGCUGUACUUUAAGACUGUGCAUUUUCAUUAAGACCUUUGUAGGAAUUACCAGCACCGACACACACACAUCACAGCCAACAAAGGAUAUUGCUACUGCCAUCUGACACACUUAGCACAGAGCGGACCCCUGGAUUCUUGGUCUCAGCCCCCACCCACCCACAGGCUCCACGUAUGAUAUUCACUCUGUCUCUCCAUAGAUCAGAUGGGAGAUUUACUGUAUCAAACCAGGGAUACCUGGGAGAAAAUUGAAGAAGUUGGCUGCACCCAGUGGACCAGCUAGACCAUGCUAAUUCAUCUGUCUCCUAUUGGGCGUUUUUAUUUUAAGUACUUUUAAACUCUUAAGUGCAUCCUCUUUUCUGGAGAUCAUUUGGGCAUGACUGGGAGAUGCACAGAGACUUCUGAAGAUGGCCACGUUCAAGUUUCUUAAUGCUCUCAGAGCCUGGAGAUAACCACACAUUGUUUUCUCUAGGCUCCUAGUGCACAUGCGUGUGUGCAUGCACACACACACACACACACACACACACACACCGUGGUGAAGCAGACCUACACAGAGUUUGUACCAAUCCCAAUGUGGCUGCAGCCCCAUGGGUUCAAACUUACCCAACAGAGUCAGAAAAUGCCUUUGUGUAAAUGCUCUCAUUAAGCUGGUGCUCAUUAGCAGUAGCCCUGCUUCUAACAAUAUUAUUAAGACAACACUCAUUCUGUUAUGAGGAGAGGGAGAGAAGGAGGAAGGAAGGAAGCGAAGGAUGGAAGAAGGGAAGGAAGGAGGGGAGAAAGGAAAGAAGGAAGGGAUGGAGAGAGGGAGGGAAGGAGGAAAGAAAGAGAGGGAAGCCAAGAGACUUUCCACCUGAAUAGUCAAGGGUCUGUGCACUGGUGGCUUUCACGAUUAAAAGACAUUUAUUUCUAAUCUGGAAAAACACUCAAAAAACUUAUCCCAAGCAUUCAAGACAGUCCUUUUCAAAAUAUAUUUAAACUCCAUUAGCUCUUCCAGAAACAAAUGCUGGCCCACUGAAAGCUCCGGCAUCCAGUUUCCUCAUCCAAUGGACAACUAACCUGAUGUCUGACCUGUGCCAGGCACACCAGACAUCCACUACUAACCUGACAAAAUACACAUGGUUCAAAUUCAGUGAUGGGGGAGCUGUGCUUCCUACAAGCAAGAACACUGGGAAUCUCCCAGUCCUCAAACCAGAAACCUUUAGCUCUAAUUAAAACAAAACAAAACAAAACAAAAGGGUGUGUGUGUGUGUGUGUGUGUGAAAUCCUUCAUUUUUCCAGAAGUGAGAGUAGAAGGCCCUUUUUCUGCCACAAGUUAUCACCCACAGUAACUUUUUUUUUUUUUUUUUUUUUUUUGCUUGUCUCUGGGGUCAAACAGCAGCAUAGCACUUGGGAGUUCUCUCCAUUUCCCCCACCACUUAAACCAUCUGUGAGAGCUUUAGGGUUUGUUCUCAUUGCCAGAUACAGGAACACCUUGAAAAUCAGGGAAAGAUGAAGGAAGCUUUUAUUAUUAUUAUUAUUUUUUUUUGAUAUUAUUAUUAUUAUUGCUCCCAGCCCCUGUCUUUGACUUUUAUAACUAGGUCUCUAUGCAAAAGGGACAUUUGGGGGGGAAAGAGUUCCCACAUGAGCCAUUAGGAGGAAAGCACUUGCUGCCCUGCCCCCCACCCAGGCCUUCAUUUGCCACUGGGGAAGCCCACAAGGGCUGGCACCCAGUUUGCUGUCAGGGAUGAGAGAACUCAAAGUGAAAAGAGUCUGGGGUCUUUGUUUUCCUUUAAAUCCAGUCUAAACCAGCAGGGUGGUUCAGCUGCUGAAAUUCUAGUUCUUUCUUAGAUGGUUCUGGAACAAGAUGGUCCUAUGGUUCCAAGAGCUGCUCCGGUUGUGUUAAGGAGCUGGCUUUGAUUCUAGAAUCCACAUUUUCAGAGGACCCCUGGCUAGGCUGAGACUAGGCACUAGAAGAUGAUUUCAAGAUAGGGAGAGAUCUGGGAGGAAUUUCGCUCUCCUCUGUUUACCAGGGAAAUUGGAAUAAGAUCACUAGAGCUGAUAACAUACAAGUAAGCUUCCUUCUGAUUCUAGGAUUUGGUGAUUUCCCCCCAAUGGAUUAGGACCAACAAACUCCUGAACAUCUCUUGAGCUUCUUUCAUCACCUCCCAUCAUGGACACUGAUCACAUGAGUUUCCUUUAUAAAUGGUUUAACAUCUCCAGAGUGUUUACGGAAGAGGAAAGUAUAAUGAUGGGGAUCCUGGAUGUUAUUCUAGCGUUUUCCAAAGGAAGGGAACCCACACUGCCUCCUAGAGUUCCCCUCCAGUGGUCCUGCAGUGAGGAAAAAGGGUGCUUGAAACUCUCCCUUGGAGAAACCCAAAGAGGUGCUUUGCAAAGAAAAGAAAAAAAAAAAAAAGCCAGCAUUUAUUCUCUGUGGGGACCUCUGUAUUGUGCUCACAUUGGUCUCCUUUACCGAACUAUACAAUACCAGAAAGAAAUGUGGAUUGCCAGGAAAAGAAGCAACGGCUAAGAUAUCAAAGUUGGCAUGUGUUCUUUUAAAAAAUAUAUAAAUAUAUUUUUAAAUAAAAUGUUUAUUUUGAAAAAA